AUAUGAUUCAACCUCAAACCCAUUUGAAUGUAGCAGAUAACAGCGGGGCUCGAGAAUUGAUGUGUAUUCGAAUCAUAGGAGCUAGCAAUCGUCGAUAUGCUCAUAUUGGUGACGUUAUUGUUGCUGUGAUCAAAGACGCAGUUCCAAACAUGCCUCUAGAAAGAUCAGAAGUUGUCAGAGCUGUAAUUGUCCGUACUUGUAAAGAACUUAAACGUGACAACGGUAUGAUAAUACGAUAUGAUGACAAUGCUGCAGUUGUGAUUGAUCAAGAAGGAAAUCCAAAAGGAACUCGAGUUUUUGGUGCGAUUGCACGAGAAUUGAGACAGUUCAAUUUUACUAAAAUAGUUUCAUUAGCUCCCGAGGUAUUAUAAAAUAAGACCACGAUAUUAAGGGUAUUUAAAAGAAAUAGAUUAAGAUUCAUUUAGUAAAUUUUCUCUCACGUAUAUACCUUUCAAAAUUAAUAUUUAUAAACAAACACGUAAAAAAAAACAUGUUGAUUAUAUCGAAAUUUGGAGGCACCAAUAAUUUUAAUUAAUCAUGAGUAGUGAUACUAUUGCUGACAUAAUAACUUCUAUACGAAAUGCCGAUAUGUAUAGAAAAAGCGUGGUUCGAGUAGCAUCUACUAAUAUCAGCCAAAGUAUUGUUAAAAUACUUUUACGAGAGGGUUUUCUCGAAAAUGUGAGAAAACAUCGAGAGAACAACAAAUAUUUUUUGGUUUUAACCCUACGACAUAGAAGGAAUAGGAAAAGGACUUAUAGAAAUCUUUUAAAUUUAAAACGGAUAAGUCGGCCAGGUCUACGAAUCUAUUCUAACUAUCAAAGAAUUCCUAGAAUUUUAGGUGGGAUGGGGGUUGUAAUUCUUUCUACUUCUCGAGGUAUAAUGACAGACCGAGAGGCUCGACUAGAAAGAAUAGGCGGAGAAAUUUUGUGUUAUAUAUGGUAAUCUUUCUAAUAUCCGAUAUGAAACUUCUUUUUUGUGAAAAAGAAAAGAGAAGGGGUGGGUUCUCUAAUAGGGUUCUUCCUCCACUAGUUGAUACUUCAAGGGGGUUUUACCUGGAAUGA